AUGGAGAGAACCGAGCUGGAGGAGAAAAACAACAAACGAACAGAAAGGAGUGGGAAGCGGUUUUGGAGAAAUGGUGCAGGCAGAAGUAGGGAGGCAACAUGGUGAGGGCGGCUAAAAGAGUUUCUCCAACAGAGGGAGAAUGAGGUGAAGAAAACAAGACUAGAGGGAGGGGGAUAAAAAAAAAAAAAAUCAAAGGAGACAGAUGUCGAAAGACAGGAAACUAAACGGACUCAGACGUACAGAGAGUGUAUUCGCUUCCUCUACUCACACACUCACACACACUCAUUCAGUCUGAGUGAAGCUGGGAAAGUUUCUGCUGAAGCUGCAUGCAAGUGGGUCCUCUGGCUUGGAUUAAGCCAAGAGAAGUAAGCCCAAGUGGCACUAAAGUUAGCCCAAGCAUCAACCACUAAACCUCCAUCACGCUGGCAGCUUGGCAGGGACGACAGGGCCAGCCAGCCAGAGCCUCUGCCUGUGGCGUCACCAUGGCCACCAACCGAAGUCACAUGCCCGGCUUUCCACCGGCUGUCUACCCAUUCGCCUUCAACUCCAUAAGGAGCCACUCCCCCUUCGAUCUGAUGACCAAUGGCAAUCUGUUCGGCCGCUUCGGAGCGGACCUUCCCAAAGAGAUGGCAGCGCUGUCGGUGGAAACCCAAAGCACAAGCUCAGAGGAAAUGGUGCCCAGUUCGCCCUCUCCACCCCCACCGCCCCGUGUCUACAAGCCAUGUUUUGUCUGCCAGGAUAAAUCCUCUGGGUACCACUAUGGGGUCAGCUCCUGUGAGGGCUGCAAGGGCUUCUUUAGGCGCAGCAUCCAGAAGAACAUGGUGUACACCUGCCACCGCGACAAGAACUGCCAGAUCAACAAGGUCACACGUAACCGCUGCCAGUACUGCCGCUUGCAGAAGUGCUUCGAGGUCGGCAUGUCCAAGGAAGCUGUACGGAACGACCGUAAUAAGAAGAAGAAGGAUGUGAAAGAGGAGGCUGUGUCAGUUGAGAGCUAUGAGCUAAGUGGAGAAUUGGAGGAGCUGGUAAACAAAGUGAGCAAAGCUCAUCAAGAGACCUUCCCCUCUUUGUGCCAGCUUGGAAAAUACACCACAAACUCCAGCUCAGAUCAUCGUGUACAGCUGGAUCUGGGAUUAUGGGAUAAAUUCAGUGAGCUUUCCACCAAGUGCAUCAUCAAGAUUGUGGAGUUUGCCAAGCGCCUCCCAGGUUUCACAUCCCUCACAAUCGCCGACCAGAUCACCCUGCUCAAAUCAGCCUGCCUGGACAUUCUUAUGCUUCGGAUCUGCACACGUUACACCCCGGAGCAGGACACAAUGACAUUCUCAGAUGGACUCACUCUGAACCGCACACAGAUGCACAACGCAGGAUUCGGGCCACUUACUGACCUGGUCUUUGCGUUUGCUGGGCAACUUCUGCCGCUGGAGAUGGACGAUACUGAAACAGGCCUCCUCAGUGCCAUCUGUCUCAUCUGUGGAGACCGUAUGGAUCUAGAGGAGCCUGAGCGUGUAGAUCGUCUGCAGGAACCCUUGUUGGAGGCACUAAAAAUCUACGCUCGCCGCCGCCGACCUAACAAACCUCAUAUGUUCCCGCGUAUGCUGAUGAAGAUCACAGACCUGCGUGGAAUCAGUACCAAAGGUGCAGAGAGGGCGGUUACUCUGAAGAUGGAAAUCCCAGGCCCUAUGCCGCCUCUUAUCCGGGAGAUGCUGGAGAAUCCGGAGGCGUUUGAGGAGCAAGCUGAGAGCAGUGAGAGCAAAGCUGAAUCAGCUCCUCCUCCUCCAACGGUUCCCCCAGUCACUGUGAAGACAGAGCGGGAGGAUGAGGAGGAGAGCUGGAACACAGAAAACGGAAGUGAGCCAUCACCAGAGGAGGAGGACGACGAGGACGAAGAUGUUGAGGAAGAAAGAGGGACAGACAGUGAUGGAGAGGCCUGGCCUGGUCAGGAACCAAGUGCGGACAUGUCCAGAAAGAGCCAUGGUGCGAGGGCUCAGUGAGCAGGCUCGUUGUUUUACAAACCUCAUCAAGACCUUUACCCCUUCCUCUGUUUUAAUUCCACCACAGCAAUCUGCUGACUAAUGGGGCAAUUUUAAAACCUAAUCAGUGCAGCACCCUAUUUCACCCUAUUCCAGUGGAGAGACUUAUCAUGUGCCUCUUCUCAUGAACUUUGCGAGAAGGAAGAUGCAAGACAAAACAACUGACUGUGCAGACAAAACAGCAGUCACUUUUUUAUACGAUCAUGUUUGUAUUAAAUAAAUAAAAGAACAGCCAUACCGACAAAGCAGCACAAAUCAGUCAACUUGUAUUAAGUUCCUAAUGAUAUCUCUGCAAAACAACAAA